CGACGGCUCGACCGACGGGUACACCGGUGAUCGAACGCGCGUUCGAUUCGAUUCGUUCGUGGGACGCGGUGCGAUUUCAAUUUUGGCGGAAUCGCCGUAAACAAUUGCGAAUUUUGGUUGGGGACGCGCAUGCGCGGUCGACUGGCGAAAACAUGGCGAUUGUCGGGUAAUUGCUAUAAUUUGGACGAAAACAAUUCAAUGCUGGCCCGGACGAAGUCCUAAUACCAAGUUGAUUUUUAUUUAUUUGCCGUCGUAGCAUCAGCCUGUGACCUUUUUGUGAGCGCAGGGAGCGGCACUAAGCUGACGGUGAGGCUGACUGAUUCUAGUCAUGGGGAAGCAGAACAGCAAGCUCAAGCCCGAAGUACUAGAGGAUCUCAAACAAAACACAGAAUUUUCAGAUGCGGAGAUCCAGGAAUGGUACAAGGGCUUCUUGAAGGACUGUCCUAGCGGACAUUUGUCGGUGGAGGAGUUCAAGAAGAUCUACGGGAACUUUUUCCCUUACGGCGAUGCUAGUAAAUUCGCCGAACAUGUGUUCCGCACGUUCGACGCCAACGGCGACGGUACCAUCGAUUUCCGGGAGUUCCUCUGCGCACUGUCCGUCACCUCCAGGGGCAAGCUCGAGCAGAAGCUCAAGUGGGCGUUCAGUAUGUACGACUUAGACGGUAACGGGUACAUAUCCCGUCAGGAAAUGCUGGAAAUCGUCACGGCGAUAUACAAAAUGGUUGGUUCGGUGAUGAAAAUGCCGGAGGACGAGAGCACGCCGGAGAAACGCACCGACAAAAUCUUUCGACAGAUGGACCGCAACAAAGACGGCAAACUCAGUUUGGAGGAGUUCAUCGAGGGCGCCAAGAGCGACCCGUCCAUUGUCCGGCUGUUGCAGUGCGAUCCCCAGGCCCAGUAGUCCCAGUUUACCCCCCAACAUCCCGACAAAGACUAUCCCUGUUCGGUAGUUGUGAAGAGUGGGCUGGUUCCAGUUUCAGCGGUGUCUUGUGGUUUUUGAUUGGAUCUCUCUCUCUCUCUCAUUCGUACAUAUCAUCUGGUUCGACGAUGUGGCGGUAUGCCACGGGACAUCGGAGGGCCGAGGACCAGCCCGAAGCCUCAGAGACUACUUCAUCUUAUGUUGUGUAUCAACCACUCAUGUGUGAUCGCGAGGUAUUGCUCAGACGUCCCGGUUGAGUUCUUUUAAUUUUUACCUUAUUGAUUUGUUUUGUUUCGUUAUUAUUGGGUUUCGAUUGUGAUGCUGGGGCCGCAUCUGUUGUCCAACCGCGGAUUGUUUACGCUCACCCUCGCAUAGUUUCUAGAGUAACAUAUUUAAUCCUAAUUUAAUUUAGAAUAAAUAAUUAUUAAGCAAGAUUUUUGAGUAAAUUCUCAUAGGCAGAAUUACCCUUCAAUUCAAACUGUGCAGGCACCAUCCCAUAAAAUUCGUUCCCACAGUUAUUGUUGUCCCCAAUUCUGCUCAAAUUAUCGAUAAUUUUAUGAGUUAGUGCUGCAUUGCAUUUAAAUGUUGGUUCUUAGUGUUUAAUCCUCAAUUUGUACGGUAUGUUUCUGCCACUUAAGUAUCCUAAAAACUAACAUGGUGCAAUUGUGAUCUGUGAAUAAAUUGACGCAACUAAUUUAUAGUAUUGUGUAAAAAGCAAGUAGGCAUUUUAGUUUUGUUUAAUUUUAAGUUUUUGUAUAUACAUCACCGUUUUUGUUGCUUUAUUUCGAUAUGACAAUUGCGAUAGUUUGAAUUGAAGUUUGCUCGUUGAAAUUUAAACCUGACGAACUUAUAUAUAAUACUAUUAUUCUUAUUCUCCAACUCUGAUUAUUCGAAUAUAUCGAUUGAAUGUUACUGUUUUGAAAAGUUUUUAUGUAAUUUUGAUGAAGUUGAAUGUAGAUGGUCUAUUUUAUUGUAAUGUUCCAAUGUUACAAUUAUAUAUAUCUUGGUGCUUUUUACCGAAAUGUUCGUGGCCAACGGUGAACGUAGCGUAGCAUUUUAUAGGUAGUUCUCGGAUGAUUUUAGACCACCGUUUCUACGUAUUUAAGAAAGGAAAUUUCGCCGUCGGUCCACGCAAUUCGCUCUCACCUGCCUCGUUCUUACGAAAACUUCAAAAAUAUAAAAAACAUAAUUUGUACAUCUCGUUCUGCACUUCAUUUCGACUUAAUUGGAUGUGUUCAGUACAUUCGUGUCGACUACUUAUCUGAUCAUUUUUUAAUUCCCCGUCCGCUGUUAUAUGUGAAACAAAAAAAGACAAUUUUUAGACAUGGGAUCAUCUCAGAUUCGUCUAAAAAUCCCGUUUAGUGGAUAACCAUAAAAAUGAUCAGAACUGUCGAUUGGCUGACUUGACCUAGUUUUACUCAAUAAAUAAAAUUAUACUUAAUUAUAACAACACGGAUAUUACAAAAGUAACGGUUAGACAUUUUUGAAGAGAACAUAACGUUAGUACCAAGGCCUAACUAUGAAUUGUGAGUAGGUAUAGUUUUCUAGUCGAGUUCGAAAACAUACAAAUGCGGGCCGUUCGCCGGCCAUCGCACAAAACAAGUGCAAGAACAACUGAUAACAUCAACAUUAUAUCUAUGAUCUUCCCAAGUCUUGCGCGUAUCUGGUUUUGAUUAUCGAUACUACUUGUCUACUUCAUGUAAUAUCAAAAUAAAAUUGCUGAUGCAUUAAUCAAACUAAA